AUGGAUGUGGACGGGUCUUGGAUCUCAACGACGAGUGACGCGCUCCAUGGAAACCUCGAGCGCACGUCCCGGAAUCCUCUUGUUGAUGACCAUGUCUACACCAAGGUGAAGCGAACGAAGAACUUCGAAGCAAGGCCCGCGGUGAUCCAUUUCCCGGGGUUGGAGGUUGGGCGAUUCUAUGAGAAGUCCGUGCGGAUCGUGAAUGUUUCUCGGUUCACGCAGAGGCUUCACAUCCUUCCUCCUCAGACUCACUUCUUCUCCUUCCAGUAUGACAAGAAGGGGAAGAUCUCCCCUGGCAUGUCUGAGAAGAUUUUCAUCCAGUUCAGCCCCAACGAGCUGCGCUACUACCAUGACGCCAUCCGCAUCCACUGCGAUGGAGAGAACCUCCUCGUUCCCCUGCAUGCCUACCCGACCAUCUCUCCGAGUGUCCCUGCCCCCUCUGUUACCCUCCCUCCCUCCAGCGGAAAGAACGAGCUCGUCUUCUUCCCGAAGCAGAUUGACUUCGGCAUGUGCCUGCUCGCCCAGGAGCACCAGAGGCUGCUGCCGGUCAGGAGCCACGUUCCCUUGGAGUUCGACUUCUCCAUACGCAUCAUGAGCGCGCAUCCUGACAUGCAGGUGGAGCCGCAGCAAGGACGAGUACCUCCGCUCGGGCAGGUGGAGGUGGUGCUGACGUACACGCCAAGCCGGAUGGUCACUGCAGAGAUGAUCCUUGAGAUUCAGAUCGAGCAGUUCAAUUUUCAUCCUCAUCGCCUCUCCGUCAUUGGAUCUGCCCGGCCGAAUGCGAGGAGGCAGGCGGCGCUCGAGGACCUGACGGCUUCACUUCGAGGGGAGGGAGACUUCGUUGAGUUGCAAGAGCUGGAGCAGGUGGACAAGCCUAUGCGGGUGGGAGAGGGGAGGGUGGACGUUGUGAGGCUGCACGAUGAGACGAGGAGCUCGGAGGAGAUGCAGAGGAGGGGUGAGAAGGAGAGGACGGGAGGGGCCACGCAGACCUCCCGCAAGUCUCCUGCUGAGGCUGAGGGGAACAUAGAGAUGAAGGGCGUGAUGAUCCCAGCAGACCUGAGGACGAGGAAAGCGACGCAGUACGUCCUGAAUCAAGUGACGGGGAAGCGAUCGUGGAAAGAGCUCAAGAGGCAGAUGGAGGAGAGCGGGGAGAGGAUAGGAGGAGAGGAGCAGCUCGACCCCAAGUCCAAGGCCCUGGAGAGCAUCCGGUGGUACGAGACCGUGAGGAUGCAGCCAGGGGGCUUCCUGGAUGUCGAGGAGGAGUAUGGAGACAGCUCGCAGCAGAUCAAGGAGUUCAAGUUCACCUUUGAGCUGAGGAUGCGGGAGGGAUACGACAAGGCUAAGGACGUGAAGUGGUUCCCAGCCAUUGGUGAUGAGCCGACGUCGCAGGAGGAGAAGGAGGAAGUGGAGGCGAGAAGAACUUGCAGAGAGCAGAGGCGAGCUGAGGAGAUGGCUCGGAAGAGGGAGGCGCUGAGGAGGAUGGCGGCGACAGAGGCACGGGAGCAGGUGCGGGUAGCGCACGCGACGGAGGUCGUGAGCUGCUGUGCUCCCACGUUCGACCCAUACCUCAACGACGCCUGGACUGUGAGGAAGGAAGUCACACGCAAUCUCUUGACGCAGAUCCACAAGGUCAUCAUCAGGAACAGAGUCGAGCGCAGGAUCGCUGCGAUCAACAACAAGCUCGACGUGAUGGAGGGCGCGAGCGGGCGGCUCGUCGACUCGAUCCUCACUGCCGAGUCGUUGCCUCCGACCUCUCAGGGGAAGCGAGAGAGCGGAGUGGGAGGGGGCAUGACGACAGAAAAGUUCCUUGUCAGCCUGUUCCCUUCCUACCGGCCCGCGAACUUCCGCGACCGCGAGCCCGUCCCCGUGCGGGCAGCUGAGGUGGCGGAGGAAUGGAACUUCCUGCUCCUCAAGGUUCCAUCGACCUACAAGCUGAUGGGAUACCGGGAGGAGCAGAGGGAGGCGAUCUCCGUGUACAUGCCUGCAGAGGAGGAGAGGGAGCCAAGGACCGGGGCGGGAGCCGAGGAGGGGAUACGGGGACCGAGGGGAUCGAUGGCUCCGAGCGAGGAACAGCCGCUGCUAGAGAUGCCAGGGUGCUGCGUGGAGGAGCCGGGGGGACAGAAAGUGUGCGCGUGCAGGUUCUUCGAGCCGAGCAACGCACCUGCGAUAGGGAGGCAGAAGUGCUUCGUGUACGAGGCCGUGGAGGAUCACGAGGAGACGGCGAUAGACUUCGAGCUGCGCGCGUUCCCCCGGGUCGUGUGCGACGAGGAUCUCAAGUGUCACUCGAGCAUCCCUGAGAAGAACCGUGGGAAGCCGCUGGAGGCCGUGCUGAUGGGGCCCGUGAUCGAGGGAGCCAUCGUUCCCGAGCCAGAGCCCCCGUCGAUGAACACUGUGCGAUCUUACCGAGGAAACUUCGCUCCUGUACUGAGCUCCAGAUGGCUGGCGAAGAAUGAACUACCUUCUUUCCUCACUUCCCCGACCCCCACCUUCAUGUAUGGGCCCGAUGCUGCGGACCAGCAGAGCGAUCAUGAGGAAGAGGAAGAGGAGGGAGGAGAGGAGGAAGGAGAUUCCAAACCGCCUCCUGUCACUAUCAGCCCACCGACUGAGCGCUCCAUCCGUGAAACAUUCAAGCUGCCAGCAAAUCUACGGAAGGACAACGAAACAGAGGGAGGAGAAGGAGAACGAGAAGGGGGAGGGGAAGAGGCAGAGGGAGAAGGGAACGAGGGGAAGGAGGAGGCACCAGAGCACAAGGAAGGAGUUCAACCCGUGAAGAUCCCCCUGAACGCCAGGACGAUGCACGAGAUGGAGAUGGAAGCAGAAAUUCGACAGGCCCGCAAGGAGUGCCUGGCUCUCCUCCCUGCUGAGCUGCACAAAAUCAAUCAGCUCAUUGCGGACCCCAAGAAGAAAAUUCCCGUAGAGCCGUCCAUCUACCAACCGUCUCCCCUCCACUGGUUGAAUUUGCCGCCCCGAGAAGCUGUAAACUCCAAGUGAAGACAAGCAGGAGGAGGAGGAGGAGGAGGAGGAGGAGAAAGUAGCAGGAGUAGAGUGGCUAUUUCUUGCUCUUUGUUUCACUCGCACGGGAUUCCAACUG